UAUGGCUCAUAAGUUUCUUAUUUCUUCUCCAUUUUCAUGCACCUUUUAUGCUCUCUUUUUCUUUCUGCAGAGUCCACGCAUGGUGUUUGUUUUAAUUCCUGCCUUUUCCCUUCCCUGACCUUUGUAGUUACCUACACGAAAAACCAGCAGUUUACUGUUGGGUAGAUGAACGAACUCAGACGGAGAAAACAAAGCUCUAGACUUGAACAUAGUCUUGGAUUUUUUUUCUUUGGGAUGGGCUCAGCAUGUACUGCUAAUAAAUAAUUGCUAGAGAGAGAUUCAUGGGCUGUCAUUAGUCUGCUGUUUAAGACAUUGGACUUUUUGUGUUGAAGUUACAAUAAUAAUCUUUGAUGGGUCGGUAAGAAAAUCUGAGUGGAGAGAUCUGAAAUGAUUAGCUUUGGUUUUGGUGAAGGAAGUUACCAAUAAAAUUUUUAUUAUUUUGAUGCAAAGUGCAACUUGGGAAGCUGGUAUUUGUUAUUUCAAGUCUAGAAAUGGUUUAGUGUUGGAUUAGUAUAGAAGAAAAUGAUAUAACAUCCGAGGUCACUCGUUCUCAUUAUAUGUUCUGAUUGAGAUUUUUUUCAACAUCAAUUGGAGCUUAAGAAAAGGCAUUUUUUUGGUAUUGUUAGUUAAUUUAUCGGUGGUGGAGAAGAUGGUGGGUAGUAUUGAGGUGAACAGUUUGCACUCAAAUGGGUCUUUCCAUAAUUGUAAUGGUUUGGAAGAGAAGCUCGAUGAGCUUCGAGGCCUUCUUGGAAAGGCUGAUGGUGAUCCCUUGCGGAUUGUCAGUGUAGGAGCUGGUGCUUGGGGAAGUGUUUUUGCAGCUUUGUUGCAAGAUAGCUAUGGCUCAUUUCGGGACAAGUUCCAAAUCAGGAUUUGGAGAAGGCCAGGAAGGGCUGUUGAUAGAGCCACGGCUGAACAUCUUUUCGAAGUAAUCAAUUCAAGAGAGGAUGUACUGAGGAGGCUGAUCCGGCGCUGUGCAUAUUUGAAGUAUGUUGAAGCGAGGUUAGGUGAUCGGACUCUUUAUGCAGAUGAAAUUCUAAAAGAUGGGUUUUGCUUGAACAUGAUUGAUACGCCACUUUGUCCUUUGAAGGUUGUGACUAAUCUUCAAGAGGCUGUAUGGGAUGCUGAUAUUGUGGUGAAUGGCUUGCCUUCAACCGAAACACGUGAAGUGUUUGAAGAAAUCAAUAAGUAUUGGAAGGAGAGGAUUACAGUUCCCAUCAUUAUAUCUCUGGCAAAGGGUAUAGAAGCUGCUUUGGAGCCGGUUCCCCACAUAAUUACACCAACAAGAAUGAUCAACAGCGCAACUGGCUUACCUAUAGAAAAUAUACUUUACCUUGGUGGACCGAAUAUUGCUUCAGAAAUUUACAACAAAGAAUAUGCUAAUGCUCGGAUAUGUGGAGCUGAAAAGUGGAGGAAACCACUAGCAAAAUUUUUAAGACAGCCGCAUUUCAUAGUAUGGGAUAACAGUGACUUAGUCACUCAUGAAGUCAUGGGAGGCCUGAAGAAUGUAUAUGCUAUCGGAGCUGGAAUGGUUGCAGCCCUUACCAAUGAGAGUGCUACCAGCAAAUCCGUAUAUUUUGCACAUUGUACAUCAGAGAUGAUAUUUAUAACUCAUUUAUUAGCAGAAGAACCUGAGAAACUUGCAGGACCUUUGCUGGCUGACACUUACGUAACCUUACUAAAGGGUCGUAAUGCUUGGUAUGGACAAAUGUUAGCCAAGGGGGAAAUCAGCCGGGAUAUGGGUGAGAACAUUAGGGGCAAAGGAAUGAUUCAGGGUGUCUCUGCAGUCGGUGCAUUCUAUGAACUCCUCAGUCAGUCAAGCUUAAGUGUAUUGCAUCCUGAGGAAAACAAGCCUGUGGCUCCUGCUGAGCUGUGUCCUAUAUUAAAGACACUAUACAAGAUAUUGAUAACAAGGGAAGAAUCGUCAGAAGCUAUUCUGCAAGCACUUAGAGAUGAGACUUUGAAUGAUCCUCGGGAACGCAUUGAGAUUGCACAGACCCAUUCUUUCUACAGGCCUUCACUUCUUGGUCAGCCUAGCUAGAUAUCUACUGCAUGUGCAUUUCAGAAGAGUUUGGAACUGAGAGAAAGAGAUCAAUAAACUUAUAUAUAUGGGAACAGGAACACAAUUUUUUUUGUUUUGUGGGUAAUUUCACUUGUAUUAAAGUAUUUGAAAGAUGAUUUAUAUCUUGAUUUCAUCUUUAGGUUUUAGUAGAAUUUGAUUAAUGAAAUUGGAGUGAGCAGAUCCAGAUAUGUAUUUUGCAUUUAUCAUGCCAGUUUUCCUCCCUUUUGAGUUGAACAAUAUAAAAUACCCAGAAACAAAUAAGAUUAAGGAAA